AUGUGGUUGAGUACCGAGUCAGCUAACAGCCGUCUGCAUUUUUGCGGAAGUUUUUAUGUGCAUCCCUUGUUUUAGAUGUGCUUGUUACUGUAUGUACGAGGAUGGUGAAUGUCAGCUACCGCUCUGCGAUUUGAUGUCACAAAAGUGUGGAGAGAUAUGUUCUGAAGUCUUAUCAAGACCUUCGACUUUGUACCCUCCGUCCUGUUAUACGGCAGUGACUUCUUCCUCAGGGAAAACUUAUUUCUGACGAAGUCCGAGCAUACCUCAUUUCGCGGACAGGAAUUGGUACAUUACUCCGACAACCAUUCUUGAUGCUUUAAGGACCCUGGCACAAGAGCUGGGACAAGUCCUCAGAAUCCGCUGGGGUCAGAUAGAAGGCGCGUGCGGGCAGCGAGUGAAUCUCUUGGAGAUCUUGAGUUGGCGCAUCAAAAUGAAAGACAGUACCGUCUAUGGUUUCAUUUUUGCAUAAUCUACCUUCUCAGUUUUCACAGCAACCAUCCGGUGACUCACAAACGAUGCUGUGUGAAGACCCUUUCCAAACGGAUCCAAGCUCAUUGCAGCAAAUCGGCGGAAAGAGCACGUGAGACCCCUUAUCCCUACGAUCAAUUUUCACAAAAUGGCUAUCCGAGGGCAUUCAUAAGUCGCUGUCUAUGCGGUCGCCCCCAGAGGACCCAAACGUCAAAGCUGCCAACGAUACGUCAUUCUCUGCCAUACAUCAAGGGCAUCUCAGACACAACCGAGCGCAGUGCUGUGGAGCUAGGUGUUGGAAUUGCACACCGCCCCAAGGCCCACCGUGCGCAGUAGAGUCAUGAAAAUUAAAGACCGUUUAAGGCCCGAGGAGCAGUCUGAGGUAGUGUAUCUCAUCCCGUGCCUAAACUGUCCUUGUAAUUACGCAGGCCAGACUGAACGCAUACUGAGAUCGCGCAUACACGAACAAAAGCUGGCUGUGCGAUGAGGCAACGUAUUAACACAAGUGGCCGCCUACCCCUACGAAAUAGUUCUUUAAUUUAACUUCACGGCCGCCGAAGUAGUCGCCCACGUCGGAAACAAAACAGGCCGAGAAUUGAUUGAAGCCUGGACCUCGGAUGAGAACUCAGCCAAUCUAUUUAUCGAUUUGGCGCUGGCGUACAGAGCCCUGCGCAGUCACAUCCAGUCUUGCGCCAUCGGUCGACGAUUGGCUUCCACGCCCUAUGACUGUCGCUUGUUCUGUUGCUGCUACUAUCUCGGACGAUGGACUCCUUCACGAGUUCAAAAGUUCAGGGCGAUAAACAAAAUGUCCGGUGCUCGACCACCCUUCUCCGUCACCAAUAAUUUAUCGUUCACGGAACUGGGAAGUGUGCUCAUUCUUGCAGCCCAUGUCGUAUGUCUUACUGCAUGCCGAUGCAAUAUUUUUUGAACGGUCCUUUAUUUAUUUAAAUACAUAACUUCCGUCCAAAGUACCAUUUUACAGUCAAUUAGUCCUUGAUUUUCGGCUUCGCUUGUCAUGCCAAAAGUCUACUUUAGGUACCCCAAUGCCCGCGUUAUUACGCACGCGAUUACUUUGGGUUGUUCUCAUUGGAGCUUCCUUCCUCGUCCUCCAGCUUGUUUAUCUCAAUUAUUUCUACAAUAUUGACAGAACUGGUGAAUAUUCAAUGCGACAUCAGCGCUCCGGACUCGGAGGAAUAAACAUUCCGGUAAUCCACACCUUUUAAUGACUUUGUAGAAGACUGCACGACUGCCUGAUGUUCCACCGGUGGGAGCGUCGUUCCCUCUUGAUAAGCCAGUUUUUCCGAAAGUCAUUCCUGUAAUCGUUCUUGCAUGUAACCGACCGACGGUGAGGCGUACACUAGAUAACUUGUUGGCACAUCUUCGGACGCAUUAUAGAGGUCCCAUCCAAUUUCCUGUCUACGUCUCAGCUGGCUGUGA